AUGAGUAUAUGUCUAACUCCUCUUGUGGCAAGUCCUUUUGAUGGCCAAACAUCCUCUGCCACAAAUAAUGUAUUAUUGGUUUUAAAUAAUGAUAAAAAUAAAUUGGCUGAAUUGACAAAACCCGCUGAGGAUUCAUUGAAACGUUUGACACGUAAUCCCGAUGUUAUGGACGAUAUUGUAGGACAAUUCCAGCAAAUGGGCGGUGGUAUGACACAACAAAUACUCCAGCAAGUUAGUCAAACGGCGCCGGAAAUGUCUAGAUCUUUUGGUCAAGCAUUGAAUGAAGCUCUAUCGCAGACGAAUAUUUUAGCACAGGCAGCACCGGGUAAUUUGGAUUUAAGUCAACUGACACAGAAUUUUCCAGAUUUCGGUCAACUGGGACAAAGUUUGAGUCAAUCGUUCAUAUUGGGUGCGGCACAAAAUCUAUUAAAUCCGGCUGGUGCUGCCCAGGCAGCUACGGAUGAUGCAGCUGCUGCUGCAGCUGAUGCUGGUGCGGAAGCUGAUCCUGAAGUGGGAGCUGCUGCAGAACCAGAGCCUGCACCUGAGCCAGAACCAGAGCCAGCAGCCGAAGCAGAAGCACCAGCUGCUCCUGAAGCGCCAAAAAAUCCUUUUGAACAAAUUGUUGGCAGCGCUCUGCCUCAAUUAUCUCAAUUAUCUCAGUUAUCUCAACUACCCCAAUUAUCUCAAUUUCCUGCAUUGCCCCAAUUACCUCUUGGCCUACUUGGUCCCCUCUCUGGUUUGAGUCCUUUAAUGCCCUUAGGCUCAGAAAUUUCCGAAGUUCGAGUAAUGCCUGAUCAAUAUUCACCCUAUAAACUUUCACCCAAACCGGUGGAUCAUCAAACAAUGGCUGAAAUGAAACUGAAAGCUGUACUAAGAGAUGCUUUAAAUAAGAAAACCAUACCCAUUCUGUGGUUCCAUUUACCAGUCAAUCAUCAUCUCCAAAAGAGUACCGAAGACCUAGAAAUGGAAGCAAAGUUGGAAAUUUUCGAGAAACAAGUAAUUGCUGAAUUGAAACAGCUACAAGAACUCUCCAAAUUGGCGAAUGAAGUAAAAAAGGCUCAACUGCAGAGUGGCGUAGAACCCACCGAAUCGUUGACCACCAAACUUAAUCUCUAUGAAAUACCCAUUUAUGAAAUCACCUUGGGCGAUAUAGAAAAGACUUUGAAAGAUGAACAUGUCAUCGUAUUAAUGCAUACGAUUGUACAGAAUCAAAAUAAACAGUUUCACAGACAUCAUCAAGCCACCACUAAGUAUCUGACCGAUUUAACGGGUACACCUAUUAAACGUCAGACGAAAACUGCUGAAGAUGCUCUCAAGUCCAUGGAAAAGGAUGAUAUGAUGAAAAUGAUGACUUAUGCUUAUCGUAUGGCAGCCAUGCAUGGUCAUGAAAUGCCUUGGCUUAAGAAUGAAAAGAUUACAACAAUGAACAGCCAACAGAAACAAGCAACAGAGGGUAUUGCGCCAAUGACCGCCGAACGACAAUGGUUGGAAGAUAAACAACGACAAAUGGCUGAAGAAAGAAAGCAGAAGGUGGCACAAAACCAAGCGAGACAAUGGGCUGAACCCACUAUUCAACAGUUUCCACAACAACAGCCCAUAGAACGUCAAUGGGCUAAUCCAAAUAUAAUGCAACCCCAAAUUACUAUGCAACGUCAAAUGUUACCACCACAAAUGCCUUUGCAAAGACAAAUGUUGCCUCCGCAAAUGCAACAACCAAUGCCCAUUCAAAACCAAAUGUUUGACCCAAAUAUGCAAUGGCAACAGCAAGACCUACAAAGACAAAUGAUGCCUCAACCCAUGAUGACCAAUUUUGAAAUGCCACCACAAAUGACCAUGCAAAGACAAUGGGCGAAUCCAACAAAUAUACAGCAACAACAACCCAUAAUGCAAACACAAUUUACUGACCCCAGCGUGCAGCCAAUUCAGAGACAAUGGGCGGAUGCAAAUAUACCAGAGACUAAAGGUGCCAUUAAAACAGAACAACAGCCAGAACAAAGACAAGCUGCCGAAAUUAAAACGCCUGAACAACAAACAUCGUCUGAUGCAAAGAAAACCGAACAACAGCCGGAACAGAGACAAUGGAUAGAUACAAAAACGACCGAACAAACGGCCACGAAGACAAAUGCGAACAUGCCACGCAACAAUGAACGAAUGGACAACAUGCCUGUAGUUGGUGAGGCUAAACCGCAGAUGGCAGAAAAUGCCGGCAAGGCCCGUCAUAAAGGUAUGGAAGAUUUGUUCGAUGAGCUGGAUGUUUUUGAUCAUGGCAAACAUAAGGGCAAAGAAGCUGGCAAAUCAGCGGCACCACCCACAGUUAUUAACUAUUACUAUAAUACAGGUGGUAGCCGUUAUCCUCCCAUUUAUGCACCAGGACCUCCUCCGCCGGCUGCUGCACCAACGAAUUAUGGCGGCGGUUACGCUAGACCCCCACCACCACCACCUUCACCAGUAGCCCAAAGUUAUGGUCCUGCUGGCGGUUAUGCUGCUCCACCACCACCACCACCAAAAUAUGCCGUUGCUCCUCAAUAUAAACCAGCUGCUGGUCCAUAUGGUGGUGGUGCUUAUGGCUCGAAUGCUUAUGGUUCAUAUGGUGGUUAUCGUUCUGCUACUGGGGAUGAAGAAAUUGCUGUUAUGUUACAGCAAAAUCAACCUAUGCCGAAAAUGAUGAUGCCCCUUGAUGAUGCAACACUAACCGCCACCCCUACAGUUACGGAAAAUCAUAAAAACAAUGCAGAAAAUUUAAAUGAAGAAAAUCACUUUAAAAGGUUAGCUAAAACACAAACACAAACAAAUCCAGGUCCUGCGGCCUAUAUAAUAGUUAUAAAAAAUAAUACUAAUAAGUCAGGUAGUAAAACGCGUAGAAAACGUUCAACCGAUUAUGCCACUCUCGAACCAAUCGAUGAAAAUUCUUUAGAAGCUUUACGUAAGACAUAUAAGAAUUCUUUAAAAGAAAUUACCUUAAAUCCUAAUGAAACACCCGCUGAAGCGUUAAUGCGUUAUAAUGCCGAAUCAAUAAGAGAAGCUUUACAGAAGGCCAAUAAACAACCAAUGGAAAUAGCUGCCGGAGGGGAACAUGAAGAUGUUAAACAGGGUCAAAUAACACAAGAAGUAGAACAACAGCCGUUACAUCAACAAUUACCUCAAAGUUAUGCUUUAAAUAAUAAUAAUGAACAAUAUAUGCCCUUAACAGGGACGACACCAUCUCAAAUGAGUAAUUUCCCUUAUAUAACUUAUCCUAUGUCUGUACCACAAACACAACCUUUAUCCGCGUCCUACAAUCCUCCACUAACGGCUUAUGAUCAUCAGUCAUCAGUAAAUCAAGGAGGUUUCUAUAAUAAUUAUAUAUCAAAAUAUAAUACAUCACCUGCUUUAUAUAGCAAUAACAACAACAUUAAUAUGCCUGUAACACCAAAUCCCUUUUUAUCCAUGUAUAACUCUUUGGAAUCGGUGCCCUUUAUAGAAGAUUACAGUAUGACCAAUCAACCUUAUCAGGAUACAAAUCAUAAUAUGAUUAAUGACAAAUCAGCUAAAUCUGUAGUAUAUCAAAAUUCGUACACACAGCCCCAAUUAGCGUAUAACCAAUUGAGUACUUCCGGCUCUAGAUCCUCAAAUAUAAUGAACAAAAAUUUCCAACACUAUUAUACAAACGGUGACCAACAUCUAACGGAUUAUGGUAAAACAAAAACCUCACUUAAUGGCAAAUAUUCCAAUGAAGUGCCCUCGUCAAAAACUCAAUAUCCUUUCUCUAACAAACUCAAUAAAAAUGUUCAUAUAUCCUCAUACAACCCUGUUAAACAAGCCCAGCUAGAGUUAACAAAUCAUUACAAAGCUAUUAAAUCUCAGGAAACUUCUUCCUUUGAUAAUUUAAUUGCAGUCAUUAAGGAGCGUUUAACCCAGUGUUGUAAUGAAUGCAAGGAAAAUAUUCUAAAGGGUAUUGAUGAGACCCUGAAACGUAAACAUUAUGGUAAUAAUGAUAAACUAAAAAUAUUGGAAAUAAAUGUUAAGCCUUAUGGCGAUAAGCCACAUACAGUGUCAUAUCGUAAACCGAGUAAAGAAGAAGAUUUCGAAUACCAGCAAUGGCUAAGAGAAAUGUCACAGAAAGGUUAUGAUAAAAGUUAUUUAACCAAACAGCACCAAAGAGAUUAUUUAAAAGAUGGUAAAGUAAAUUUACAUAUAGCCGAAGAGGAAGGCUAUGAGGGUCCCGAAGAAGAGAAAGGUUUUUAUAAAAAAAAUAAUCAAUCCUAUAAAAGGGAAACUACGGUUCCCGAAAUAGAAGUUGAAACAAAAACGGAGGCGGAAUUAACAGCAACUACAAUAAAAAGUGAAAAUAAUAUAGAAAAACUGGAAGAGGAGGAAGAUGAGGAAGAAGAAGAAGAAGUGGAGGAAGAGGAAGUAGAUGAAUUAGAAACUGAAACGGAGUCAGUGCCACAACCCGAAGAAGUAGAGAAAGUAGUUAACGAAGAAGAAAAACAAACACCAACUGAAACAAAAAUUGAGAAAUCUCAUAAAAAUACUAAAAAAGAAACUGACAUUAAAAAAGAUAGUCCUGAAAAGAAAACCAAAGAAUCCGUUAAAAAAGAAAACUUACAAAAUUUGAAUACUACCAAAUCUAUGGAAACAGCUGAAUCUACCACGCAUAGUGUCUAUGCUUUAAGAGGACAAUUUCGACCACAAAAAUCCUAUCCUAAACCAUUUGUACUAAAACAGGGCAAACAGUUUGCCAAUUACAGGAACGUUAACAAAUUAGGCAGCUCGAAUAGUAUAACAAAAACGAUUCCUAAUGGUAAUACUGUAGAUAAAAAUGAUAAAUUAGAAGAGAUCCUUGAUAUAUUACAUGAUCUUAGUAAACAUACUAAGGAGAAAAUAAAGGUAUCGAGCAAAGAAGAAAUUUCAAAAGCAACUAGACGUUUGGUCAAUACUACUAAGGUUAUAAGCACUACAACACCUACGUCAGUGUCUAGCACAAGUAAACCCUUGGCAAUACCUUCCACAGCAUUAGCUAAUGACAUUACGAAAGAGAAACCCAGAAAAUUAAGUCGUCGAAGAGUAAGACUUUUCCCAAAAACUCGUAAAUUGGUUAGAAGUUCUACGUCAAGACCUAAUCUAAAUGUGGAAUCGAGAAUAUAAUAGUUGGAUAAAUGGCCCAGAAGGAUUCUGUUUAUUAACAUAGUGAUAUUUAUAUUUAACUUAUUUAUAAUUUAUUUAUAUAUAUAUUUUUUAUAACAUUUAAUUUCUCCUAUAAAUAUUUGUGCAUUUCACAAUAACAUUUAUCACUUUUGUAUUAUAAAAUUGUAUGAUUGUAAAGUAAUUGCAUACUUGAAAGGUGUACUUUUUCUUGUAAAGUUUUAUAAUAUUUCCGAAGUUUUAAUAAAACCCUAAAAGUAUUUUACAUUUAUAUUACUGUUACGUGAGAGUGA